ACAUUUCUCUUACAUGCACACCACCAGUGACCAGCUACGGACGAUCCCAUAGGAGCAAAUCCCGUAAUCUUCCAAAACCUUUUUCCUGGUUUGCUAAGCAAGCAAGGAUGGGGUGGGGCUUCCCCUUGUGAGGGGAAAAAAAAAAGAAUCUCUGCUGCAUUUUCCCCACACAGGACAACAUGGCCAAGCGAGUGGCAGUUGUGGGGGCCGGAGUCAGUGGCCUGGCCUCCAUCAAGUGCUGUCUGGAGGAAGGGCUGCAGCCCACCUGCUUCGAGAGGAGCGACAACCUUGGGGGGCUGUGGAGAUUCACCGACCAUGUUGAAGAAGGCAGAGCCAGCCUCUACAAAUCUGUGGUUUCCAACAGCUGCAAGGAGAUGUCUUGUUACUCAGACUUUCCGUUCCCAGAAGAUUAUCCAAACUAUGUGCCAAAUGCUCAAUUCCUGGAAUAUCUCAAAAUGUAUGCAAACCAGUUCAACCUCCUGAAAUGCAUUCAAUUCAAGACUAAAGUCUGCAGUGUAACAAAACGCCCAGAUUUUACCGUCACUGGCCAAUGGGAGGUGGUCACUCUGUGUGAAGGGAAACAAGAGGCCACCAUCUUUGAUGCCGUCAUGGUCUGCACUGGGUUUCUCACUGACCCAUAUUUGCCACUGGAUUCCUUUCCAGGUAUCCAUACCUUUAAAGGCCAGUACUUUCAUAGCCGACAAUAUAAAUAUCCAGAUCUAUUUAAGGACAAGAGAGUUCUUGUGAUCGGAGUGGGAAAUUCUGGCACAGACAUUGCCGUGGAGGCCAGCCAUGUGGCAAAGAAGGUGUUUCUCAGCACCACUGCAGGGGCAUGGGUGAGGAGCCGAGUCUGUGACUCGGGGCUCCCGUGGGACAUGGUGUUCAUGACGCGAUUUCUGAACAUGAUCCGAAAUUCUCUCCCAACCCCGAUCGUGAGUUGGUGGAUGGCAAGAAAGAUGAACAGCUGGUUCGAUCAUGCAAAUUAUGGCUUAGUACCAGAAGACAGGACGCAGCUGAAAGAGUUUGUGCUAAAUGAUGAGCUCCCAGGCCGAAUCACCACCGGGAAAGUGCUCAUCAAGCCAAGCAUAAAAGAAGUGAAGGAAAACUCUGUCAUAUUUAACAACACCCCAAAGGAAGAGCCCGUUGAUAUCAUUGUCUUGGCCACUGGAUACACCUUUGCUUUCCCCUUCCUGGAUGAGUCCGUCGUGAAAGUUGAAGAUGGUCAGGCAUCGCUGUAUAAGUACAUCUUCCCUGCGCAUCUGCAAAAGCCAACCCUGGCUGUGAUCGGCCUCAUCAAACCCUUAGGCUCCAUGAUACCCACAGGAGAGAUGCAAGCUCGAUGGGCUGUACGAGUCCUCAAAGGCGUGAAUAAGUUACCACCAGCAAGUGUCAUGAUAGAGGAAGUUAAUGCAAGAAAAGAAAACAGGCCCAGUGGGUUUGGCUUGUGUUACUGCAAAGCUUUACAAUCAGAUUACAUCACAUACAUAGACGACCUUCUGACCUCUAUCAAUGCAAAACCCAACCUGUUCUCCAUGCUCCUGACGGAUCCACGCCUGGCUUUGACCAUCUUCUUUGGCCCAUGCACACCAUACCAGUUCCGCUUGACUGGCCCGGGGAGAUGGGAAGGAGCCAGAGAUGCCAUCUUGACCCAGUGGGAUCGAACUCUCAAGGCCACCAAAACUCGAGUUGUACAAGAAUCCCCAUCUCCCUUUGCAAGCUUUCUUAAACUCUUUAGCUUGCUGGCUCUCCUUGGGGCCAUUUUCCUGAUCUUCCUAUAAAUGAAAGGUGACCUAAAUGAUGUGUCAAAUGCACAGAGUAGAUUCCCCUGCGUGCCUUUGAAUCUCUGCCAAGCACUAGUGACGGUAGCUGAGUUUCUUGCUGUGGAAAGGUCUGUCUUCGUGGGGAAGGCUGAUGUACACAACUUAACCAAUGAGAGAUGCCAGACGAGGAAAUGUCAGUUGAUUUGUCCCAAGUCACAGAGCUCAUAAGUGGCUGAGUCAGGACAUACGUCUCCAGAGCACACAUCCAGGGCUUUGAGUCCAUCUGGAGUUUCCAGUGUUCAGAUGACUUCAAAAGUCUUAAUAGUGAUACCAUAAAGGUCAUAUUACAAGGGUAUCACUCCAUGAAAAUAUCUGUACGUCUGUCUCCCUUUCUCGCUCUGCCUAUGAGUGUCGACCUGCCUUCUGGGAUUUGGCAGGUCUUUUCCUUAACGUACAGCACUGUGUUUCUGAAUCUCCUCAUAAAUCAUUUCUCUGUUUCUCCCUCCGUCCUCAUCUAUGACCGUGACCAUGCUGGACCUACUGCAGGGCCACAGUGUAGGACAGACUCAAUAGAAAGCACGGGUCCUCAUGCCUCGUCUUGAAAUUAUUCCAUAAAUCACACGGGGAAACAGUAUUGUUUUUUUUUUUUAUUCCCAUUCAUUAAAACAUUAAUUUAGUUAGGUCCCAGAAUUCUAGUAAAAGAGGAAACAUAUUAAACACUUUGGUUUCUUGCACACAUCCUUUAAAUCGGGGCUUCUGAGGCAUUUCAUCUCCAAGAGUAAUUUGACAUUUUCAGAAAUUCUUCCCAGUGUAUACAAACAGGGCCCCCUGCGAGGCCAGUUUUAAGUAAAGAUGUCUGUCUUCAUACAUUUCAAUGCUCUGGAUCUUUCAAGUACCUCCCUGUGGGGGAGAUGCUUAGAGAACGGGGCCCAGUGUGGAAAGCUCUGCCACUUACUAGGCCUGUGAGCUGGAGCAAGUCAUUUACUUUUCCUAAGUGUCACUUCUCCUUUCUAUAACAUAGGAGUUAUCAUACAUCCUACUUCCUGAGGGUGUCGUAAGGUUUAAAUGGUGCGACCUACGUAAAAUGCUUAACCUUAGUCCUGGUAAGUGUGUACUAACUAACAGCCAUUAUUACUAUCAUUACCAAAGCAGGAUGCAUGUUGUACUGCUUGCUUUAUUUUUUUCUGAACCAUAGACCUAGCUCCUCGUUGGACAUUCCCAACAGAGUGUGUCAUGGGCUGCUCAAAUGCAGUAUGUGCAAAAUUCACCUCAAUAUGAUCCAAACAGCCUCCCACUCAUGCCCUGAUAUCAUUACUCUCUGUAGGGAAAAUGUAUGUUACAUAUUUCAAUAAAUAAUUAUACAGAACUGCACAGUUUAAAAAUAAGUGGCACUCAAUAAAAUUUGUUUUCUUCUUUCAUAGUCGAAUGAAUGAAUGAAUACAUAAAUACAUAAAUAAAAAAGCAUUGUUCCGAGCACGGCCUUGGGGCUAUCUGAUUUUGAAUCUAUGGAAGCUAUUUUAAAAUUCUGUAAAUUAUAGGCAACAGCAAUGCAAAAUAAUUCUUGCCUAUAGACACGUAAAUAAUAUCCAAUAGGUUUAGUUGGCUCUGUGCCCCCACCAGGGAGAACACUAAUUUUGCCUCUGUUUGCAUAUUCAUUUCAAUAGCCCUGAUCUAUAAACGCGUGCCUUCUCUGAACUGGUGGUAAUAGCGUACCCAUUCCCUGCUUUAAUAACAAGUUAAAUAAAAGUUUUUAAACUGUGUUCCGUUUA